UUUCUUUCUUUUCCCUAGUUUCUCUCCAAACAAACCUAUGUUCCAAACUGGCCAUUGACAAGAUAGAGGAGGGAGAGUUGAGGUGAUAUUGGGAAACUAGUUCGAUCGUCGUAAUACACUCGCCCUGCGAUGGGGCCGGUCGGGGCCUGCACUGCUGUCCGGAGAGCCGUUGUGAUCGGAAACGGCGUUGCGGGCGCAGAGAAUCAGUGCAUUGGUUUGGUCCGAGCUCUCGGGCUCUCUCACCGGCUAACAAUAUACCGUGUAAUUAGGCCACGAGAAGGAAUCAAUAAAUGGCUCCAUUGGUUGCCGAUUUCUCUUCACAAAAAGGUAGACUAUGUCAUAAAGCGAAUACAUGGUAACCUAAGAUUGCCUAGUAUCAAAUCAACUAGAGUCAUUUCCCUUCCAGCUGAAAAAAAAGGUAGCCCAGAUAACAAAGGCGUAUCAGAUAUUUUAGAGGCGGAUGCAAAGCAAAUUGCAACAAUGGCUUGUGAAACAUUUGAGAAGGAUGGACCAUUGUUAGUGGUCGCAUCUGGCUGGGAUACCAUAUCUGCUACAAGUUCAAUUAAACGGUUAGCUCCAGAAAAAGUUUUUGCUAUUCAGAUACAACACCCUAGAUCACAGCUAAAUCGUUUUGAUCUGGUGAUAACUCCUCGCCAUGAUUAUUACCCAUUAACUCCUCAAGGGCAGGCGCAGAUUCCUUGGUUUCUUAGAAGAUGGAUUACUCCACAUGAACCUCCUGAUAGACAUGUGGUAUUGACAUUGGGAGCUCUCCAUCAGGCUGACUCUACCGCUCUACAGCUUGCCUCUCGUGCCUGGCAUGCCGAGUUGGCUCAUUUGAUGGAGCCCCUUCUUGUGGUUAACAUUGGAGGUCCUACAAGCCAUUGUCAAUAUGAUGUGGACCUUGCAAAGCAGUUGACAGCCUCCCUGCAGAAUGUGCUUUGGAGUUGCGGAAGUGUCAGAAUAUCUUUCUCCCGAAGAACUCCAGACAAGGUAUCCAAUAUCUUAGUGAAGGAAUUUAGAAAUCAUCAUAAAGUUCACAUUUGGGACUGCAAAGGUCCAAACCCUCACAUGGGGCAUCUAGCUUGGGCAGCUGCUUUCGUAAUUACACCUGAUUCAGUUAGUAUGCUGAGUGAGGCUUGUAGUACCGGGAAGCCGGUUUAUGUCAUUGGAGCAGAGCGAUGUACAUGGAAGUUAGCAGACUUCCACAAAUCUCUGCAGGAACGAGGAGCAGUGCGACCAUUCACUGGUGAAGAAGAUAUAUCUGAAAGCUGGAGCUAUCCUUCACUGAAUGACACAGCUGAGGCAGCUUGCCAUGUGGUCGAAGCACUUGUUGAGCAUGGAUGGACAUUGCAGCCUUAAUGGGGUUACAAUUGUGGGCUGUAUCCCCUUCCACAAGGCUACAAACGAGCCGAGCAAGGCCGAGCUUUGAAGUGUUUGAGCUCGGCUUAUUCGAAACUAGGUUAGCAUGAGCUCGGCUUGAGUUGAACAAAAAUAAGCUCGAGCUCAAACUCAAGCUCUCUAAGAAAUAUUUAAUAAAAUAGUCUAAAUCUCUGCAUAUAUUACUAACGUAAAAUAUGAUAAAGAUAUUUUCUUGUUCCCGAGCGUACUUGAGACGAGCCUCUGCUAGCUUGAGUCUGCAUAAACGAGCCUAAUCGAGCUCAAACUAGUCCUUUUUUGCAGCCCUACUUUCACCCAAAUUAACUUGUGCUGCUUCUUUUCGGCUUGGUUUUCAUAUGUUAUGUGGAAUUGCGUGCUGAAUAAUCAGAUUUAACUCACUCCAUUAACACGUUCAACAAAGAAAA